AUGCAAAAGUAUGUUCAUAGGAAAUAUUUUGGCUUCAAAAAACGAUUUUAAAAUUGAAAAGGAUAGUGCUUCGGCUCGAAAAAAGUUCGAAAACAAGUAUUCAGCUUUACUGCGGUCGCUUUUUUAUCCACCUGCAUCAACAGAGGACCACUUUCUUCCCAACUCUCAUCCUAAUCAAUCGGGUUUUUUCUACUCUUACUUAUCAUGUGAAACCAUAAUUUAGCUGUUCAUCGACAUUCUGCCACUCAUAAGUGGUUUGACGGAAAAUGAAGCUAAUUCGCUCGGAAGGUCGUUUUUAAAGAGAAUGCGAAAAUUAUUAUGAGAAUCCAGUUUCCUUGCCAUAAUACUGGCCCAAGUUCAACGUUGGCACGCCGACAAGGACCUUUUCGACGCCGAAUGCUACGAUUCUCCCGGUUUCUGUGCGAAACAGCCCAUUGAGUAUGAAUCGUUCCGAAAACUGUGCUACAAGUGGCAGGUUUGUGUGUUCUUCUCCUCCCUUCAGAAUCACAAACCGAUAUUCAGACACGUCUGAGCAAAAUGUUUGGAAUAAUUUUGUCGCGCGAAGAAAAUGAGUUUGUGCUGGUUCGCAACUGUCUCGUGGUGAUGACCAAGUUGUGCACCAGUUUCCCUCUCAUUUCGAACCUCGUCCAAGACGUCGAAAAAAUUGUCGCCAAGGUAUAUAUUCUCAAUAUGAAGCACAUCUUACAAAUGGUUCACUCGAAAAAGUUCCAAAAUUCACAUCUUACUCUUUUUUUUCCAUUUUCUGUGUUUCGUUAAACCUUCCUGAGAGGAUCGAAGAGACGCAUUUUUUAGUUUUCUUUAAUUUAUGGCUAUUCGCUUCGAGACCAUCCAUGAAACUCUUCUAUGCUCGUUGAAAUCUCAAAAAUGUUCUCAGAAAAGACUUAUAAUUGCUAUGAAGAUUUUCCGCCGCUCGUAAUCAUUCUUUCAGGAUUAAUUAGUAAGGAAAAACCUCAACUGAAUUCUGACUAUAUUUCUCGAAAGAACUAACUCUAAUGAAAACAUAUUCAUCUUCAAAAUAGGGAUAUUCAAGGUUCGCGACCGCGAAAAAGGAAAGAGAGAUGAUUUGUCGCUCAAAGCGACUUCAUACUUGGGUCGAUUGAAGAUGAGAAACGUCAAAAUCUUCGAAGUUACUCAGUUUGCAGAUGUUUGUUUUCUUUUUAUUCUUUUUUUCAGAAAGUGUUUGUAAAAAGUUCAAUCGUAAGGUUCGCCUUGUUUUUUUCAUAUUUUGGUAGAUACAGUUUUUUUCGAAAUUUUUUUAGCUUUUGAUAAUAUCAAAUGAAUUUCUCAAAAAAAUUGAAAGGUGAGCGAUUUUAUUAUGUUUUUUUGAACUUUUCUAGAAAAAAAUUCGCUCAAAUCUUUGAAAGUCCCCUCCCCCUUUCUGAAAUAAAAUUGUGUGCAUGUAGUUACUGUCAGGGAUCUUAAUAUAAGCUUUCAGGGAGCGUUCGAAAACCGAAAAUAUUAACGUUCAUAGCGAAUUUAAUUUUUCAUAUCGCUUAAUUUCAUAUGUACUUUGUCUACUAGAACAUUAAACAAGUACAUUUGGAACUGUCUGAGCUUUCCGAAAUGCAUCACAUAACAACUUUAGGUGAAAGUGCCGAAAAGAGCUUCCACUAAAACGACGGUUAAAAGUGCAAAGACAAAUGCGGACGGCUUGUCGACGACCAAUGACCGCGAUGUGGAAAAAACGUCAAACGGAGUGACGAACUCUGAUCAGAAGACAAGCCAGGAGACGACUGCCGACGACGAAGGAGUCUCUAAAGGGGCCAGGACCGCAGCGAAGCCGAAAAAUCAGCGCAAGGAGAAAGAAGAGGCUAAACUAAAGAAGUCGAAAGGCUCCACCUCGUCUUCAGUCAAGGCGAAACAAGAAAAUCCGACAGCAGCUGCCGCCAAAUCCAACAGUUCCACUCACGUCGCGCCUAACGGGAACGAACAGCCGAACGGGGAAAGUUCUGAGAAGAAACGCAAGUCGGUGAGUCAUUUCUUUUUCUAUGUACUUGUCGGCUCAUUUGUAGAAACAGCUUCUUUUUGGUCAUGAGGGGAACUUAUUCCAUGCUUUGAUCGUUUAAAAUUAUAUAAAAAAAGUUUUAUAUUUUUGGCUAUCCAUUAUCCGAAUGAGCUGAGAAGGUGUAAUAUAUUUUGACAACUGUCCUCAAAACACGUGACCGUUUCGCUUAAACGCCUAACUUCAAAGCUGCUUAAAUUUUAUAGAAUCAGCUUCUGAUUGUAUUCGUUGUUAUUGUGGUUCUCAAAAUUUUCAUGAAACCCAUGGUUAUCUAUACUAUUAAUCAAAGUUUGAUGAAAGGAAACCAACAAAUGAAUAUGAAAUGGAUUUUAAUAAGUGAAAAGUAAAUGUUUGAUCAAAAAAUUUGUAGGGGCUUUUUGUUGUGCAGGCUUAAUUAUAUUCUCCCUUUUCGGAAAAUCUGAAAAUUAGGAGUCGACAUUGCCGCGAAAAGAGAAGACCACAAAGACUCCCGCAGGAUCUAUAGAAGAAGGCGAAACAACGCCGUCGCCUCCUCCUUCCAAAAAGGUUCAUUUUCAAAAAGGAGAGCCUCUCUCAAAGUUCUUGAAAAUGAUUCUUCAAAGUUCCUCCAUAGAACCUGAGAAUGUUUUCGUUCGUUUUAUCUUAGGACAUUUUUUGAAAUGAAAUAGUCUAAAUCACAAGGAAAGUUUGUGAGGUGAACAUCGCAGAUCUGGUCUAAACUUCUGUGAGAGAUAGUCGAUUUAUGAGUACUCUAAAAUAAAAAGAAAUAUCUGCUAAGCGCCAUAGAGUACUAUGAAUUAGCCUGUCGAAAGUGUACGGAAAAAGUUCAAAAACUGAUUUUCUUCGGUUUUUCGAUUUCUAAAACGUCUGUUAUUCAGUAUACCAUAAUAAAAACGAGUAAGGAACAUUUUCCAUUAAAAAAAACCGAAAGAAUUCGUUUUCGAGUUUUCCCUGUACAUUUUCGACAGGCUAUUUCUCAGUAACCUAUGGCGCUUAGCAGAUAAAUCUUUUUGUUUUUCGAAUACUCAUACCUGGGACUACCUAUCACAGAAAUUCGGACAGUAUCUGCGAUUCUCACCUCACACAUUUCUAUCAUUUGGUUUUCAUGUUAAAAAUAUCAAAACGCGCUUUUUCGAAUUUAGACAGUGGGGUUCCAGCAAAUCACUUGAGAAAUGACUUAUUCGAAUAUCCAUUCUAAAAAUUACAAAAAAAGAAACUAAGAAAUGAUGAAAAAUUUUAUACACAACUUUGACCACGUUUUUGUGUUCCACACGUUCUAGUCUUCCAAAUCUAGAGAGUACUGGUAAUUGAGAAAGCCCCGACAAAUAUUUCACAGUUGAAAAUUUGUAGGCGCGAGUUCUGGCAGUACUUAGUGAGGAAAACUCCACAGGACGAGUUGAACAGAAGGAAAAGUCCGCAAAGACUUCAAACGGUGGAGGUACGACGUCGCGACCUGAGAAGGAGCGCGAAAGUUCGGAGGGCAGGGACAAGGAAUCACGGCGAAAAGUGGGAGUUCACCUUUGAAAUUGUGACGUUUGUCGAAAUGGAAGGCGGACGAAGGACGGAAGGAGCACGACCGCGAAAGACGACAUGAGAGGAAGCUCGAGAGGAAAGCCGCCAAGCAGGAGAAGCUGCAGGAGAAGGAGAAAGACAAACUCGACGACAAACAUUACGGCCCUUCGGUUAGUUGCCUUGUUUUCCGCUACUGUAUAUCCAUAAGUUCAUGCGCAGGAGGACUGACGGUUGGUAAAAGGUGAACAAGGAAAUUUGAUUUAAAAGAAGACUGGUUUCAAUAUGUUAUUUUAAAACAUCACAAGACUUCCUGCAACAGUAGUUUGCUAAAAUGUGUGUUUUCUUCCGAUGUCAUUCUUCUGCUUUUCGAUCGGAGAGUGUGAACAAAUUGAACUUUUCAAUUUAAAAAAGAAUAUAUUCGAAUAGACUAAACAAAUUGGAUUCAUUUUCAGCUACCAGCAGUGUUGCGCACCGUCGAAGAAAGCAAUGUUAAAACCCAUAAAGGAUCCAAACGGCCUGUGGAAGCGAACGGGUUAGAUUUUGAUAUAUAUCAUGCCGCCACCUUCGCUAACACUUGAGAAAAGCGACAAGUUCCAGAGACUUGUCCUCAUUGAAGCGGCGAGAACCGGAAGAUGACCGCCGGAAGCCGAGCGAGAACGACAGGAGAAGCGACGUCGCGAAACGUGUCAGCGACGCGAAGCCGCCGAGGGCAUCGAGUAAACUUCGUGACCGGGUCCAUAGCUACAGGUAA